AUGUUUGAACCUGAAGAGCUUUUCGUCGUUGAAAGUCCAGCAUGGACAGUUGAUCUUAGUGGAAGUGCUGUAACUGCUAUUGACUAUUCAAUCGAUGGUGCUUUUGUUGCUUAUUCAAACAAACCAGGUAUUAUUACAAUUGCAACUUCAUAUACUGGCGAAAUCAAAAGAGUACUUGAGCAAAAAUAUACAACCAACCCUAUUACAAAAAUUAGAUUCCAUCCUUUCGAAGAAAAUCUUCUUAUUUGCACAAGUAAAGAUGGAUUUAUUUUCUUGUACAACAUCGUUAAAGGCGAAAUGGUUGAAAUGUCAAGACAUCUUGGUAGCAACUUAUUAGCUAUGAAUGUAGAUUCAUUCGGUGAAACAUUUGCUAUUGCUUGCGCAGAUGGUUCAAUUCGUGUUUACGAUCUCGAAAACUUACAGAGAACUAAAGUUCUUGUUAAAAUGGCUUCCCGCACAUCAGCAUCCCAGCAAGUAAAUAUAUACGAUAUUUGUUUCCAUCCGGAAGAUUCGAACGUUAUUUUGGCUGCUGGUUGGAAUGAUCGUGUCCUUUACUGGGAUGUCCGUACAGGAAAUGCUGAGCGUAACAUUGCAGGCCCUCACAUUCGUGGUGCUGGCUUAGACGUACAUAACGAUACAAUUAUAACAGCUUCUGCAAGAGACAAGAAGCAAAUUGAAAUGUGGGAUUACGGAUCAGGCAAGAAGCUUAGAGAAAUCAAUAUCAACCCAGAAACUGCUAAGAAAGAAUGUUAUAUCAACGCUUGCAAGGUAUCUAGAAAUGGCUUGGCCCUUGCCGCUGGUGGCUCUGGCUGCAACUUAACACAGAGCUUCGAAUUUUCUCACGGAACUUAUAUCGGACAAACAGCUCCAUAUUCCUCCCCAGUUUCAUACGUAGCUGUUUCUCCAUUCGGAUCAAGCUUUGUCACCGGAACAGAAAAUGGUGACAUUUCUUGCCAUAUGAUUAGGCUCAAACCAAAUUAA